CUCCCUUUCCCUUCCAUUCAACCUUUCCAGUUUUAACAAAAAAACUGGAAACCAGGGAAAAUUCAAAACUUUAAUGUUAGUAAUUUACUUUAAUUACUCCGUAUAAUUCUUCGUAAAUUAAAGACAGGCAGGAAAUUUCCUGGAAGUUGUUGAUGAUACUGAAAUCUUCGGUUGCUAAUAAAGCUUCAGUCAGCAGCAUAUGGACUCCAAGUCACUGUGGUUUAUCAACCACCAGUCCUUCUUCUCCGCCGCCCAAUCGGGUGACCUUGACGCGCUCCAGAAACUCCUCUCUCAGAAUGAUGAAUCCGGAGUAUCCGAACCCGACCCGAACUCGCUUUUGGCCUUGCAGAACGACGCCGGGAAGACGGCCCUGUACGUCGCGGCGGAGAAUAAUUACGUGGAGGUGUUCAGAUUUCUGGUCGAGCUCUGCGAUUUGGAGACUGCUAAGAUCAGGUGCAAGGGUGACUUGGAUGCCUUCUCCAUCGCCGCGACUCGAGGCCACUUAGGUAUAAUCAAGGAGCUCUUGUCAAAGUGGCCCGAGCUUUGCAAAAUAUGCAACUCGUCAAAUACAAGUCCUCUUUAUUUAGCAGCCGCCCAAGGCCAUGUGGAUGUUGUAAAUGCCAUUCUGGAUGCGGAUGUGGGCUGUGUAAGGAUCGUGAGGAAGAAUGGGAAGACUGCCCUGCACAAUGCAGCAAGGUAUGGGCUUAUGCCCAUUGUGAAAACGCUCAUUGAGAGAGAUCCGGAGAUCGUCUCUAUCAAAGAUAAGAAAGGACAAACUGCACUUCAUAUGGCGGUCAAAGGUCAAGAUGGUUUGGUGAUAGAGGAAAUAUUGGAUGCCGAGCACUCAAUACUGAAUGAGCGUGACAAAAAGGGUAAUACUGCGUUGCACAUUGCCACUAGAAAAGCACGAUCCCAGGUUGUGAAUGUCCUGUUGACCUACACAUCCAUUAAUGUCAACGCUAUCAAUAAUCAAAAUGAAACGGCAAUGGAUUUGGCAGACAAACUCCAAUACGGAGACUCCUCUUUGUUGAUCAAGGAAGCAUUAAUCGACGCUGGGGCCAAACAGGCCAGAUAUAUCGGCCAAGUUGAUGAGGCAAUGGAACUGAAGAGGACCGUGAGCGACAUAAAGCAUGAAGUACAAUCACAGCUCAUUCAAAAUGAGAAAACCCGUAGGCGGGUUUCCGGCAUUGCAAAAGAACUCAAGAAGAUACACAGAGAAGCUGUCCAGAACACCGUCAAUUCCGUAACCGUAGUAGCAACCUUGUUUGCCUCCAUUGCUUUCUUGGCCAUCUUCAACAUGCCGGGCCAAUACACUGAUUCAGGUGAAGCCCGGGUGGCCGAGACUGUUGCCUUCCGCGUGUUUUGCCUAUUGAAUGCCACUUCUCUGUUCAUAUCCCUAUCGGUUGUUGUGGUCCAGAUAACACUCGUCGCAUGGGAUACGCAAGCCCAGAAGCGGGUGGUGUCUGUUGUAAACAAGCUAAUGUGGGUGGCGGGCAUGAGUACUUCCGGGUCAUUUUUGGCAGUUGGGUUCAUCGUUGUCGGUAGGAAAGGCAAGUGGAUGGCUAUAACCAUCACCGGCCUGGGCGGGCCUAUUCUUAUAGGGACAUUGCUUGGUUUGUGUUACUUUGUGUUCAGGCAGCAUUUUGGUGGGGACUCUCAGAGACGGAUAAAAAGGGCAACUGGUAGCAAAUCUUUCUCGUGGUCUUACUCUCUGAAUGUUUCUGAUUUGGAUGACUAUAACUCCGAUGAUAAGAUCUAUGCCCUGUGAAUAUCACAAUUAUUGUCCUACUUGUGUUUACUGCAAGGUUCAUGGAGGAGAUGUACUGUAAUUGUUUUUCAGGCCAUGUAGAGAGUAGAGUUUGAUAAUGGAGGAGAUUGGACUUUAGGCAUAUGAUCACAAGGUAGAGUUUGAUUAUGUAAAAGUUUGUACAAUUGUACAUAGAGUGGAUUGCUAAUUAACUCUUAAUUUUUGAAAUUAAUGUCUUCAUGUUGUCUGAAAAUUCUAUGGCAUUGCUUCGUGGAAUCAUUGAAUCACAUACACACUCAUCAAAAGACGAACUAAUU